CUGAACUGUGAGUUGUUGGCAGGAGUUGAGGAGCUUUUACACACGGAUGAAACCAGUGCAGAGAGCUGUUCUUUAGUUGCAAUAUCCUGCAGAAGAGCCUUUAGCAUCACUGGUUCAUAAACUCUUUGCUUGUUGUUGAGGAGCACAAGAUCGAAAGCAGCAAAUGUUUCCGGUCAGACAGCCUUGGCUUUGCAAAGCCCUAGGUUGUUAUGAUUGCUGUAUCCGCUGCCUGGGGGCAGUGCCCUACCCUUCCCUGGUGGCCACUCUGCUCUGCUUCACCGGCAUGGCACUGUUCUGUGGCUGUGGGCACGAGGCACUGGCCAACACAGAGGUUCUCGCCGAGACUUACUUCGCUCGUAACAUACAAGACUAUGUUGUCCUGGCCUCGUUUAUCAAGUACUUCCAGUACGUGAUCUAUGGCCUGGCCUCUUUCUUCUUCCUUUACUGCAUCCUGCUGCUGGCCGAGGGAUUCUACACCACCAGUGCCGUCAAGCAGACCUUCGGAGAGUUCCGGAGCACCAGAUGUGGCCGCUGCCUUAGUCUGACGUUCAUCAUUGUGACAUACGUCCUGGCAGUGAUCUGGCUGGCGGUGUUUGCCUUUACAGCCAUACCCGUCUUCUUCUUCUUCAACAUGGCACAGACCUGCCACACCAUCAACAUCCUGGCUGAGACGACACCCAGCAUCAACCAGCAUGGCUGGAUCUGCAUGGAUGCCCGGCAGUAUGGACUGCUGCCCUGGAAUGCAAUGCCAGGGAAGGCUUGUGGAAUGACCUUGGCAUCCAUUUGCAAAACAAAAGAGUUCUUCGUCACCUAUGACCUAUAUAUUGCUGCCUUUGCUGGUGCAGGGAUCGCUCUCUUGGCUCUGUUUAUGUAUGUGGUAGCCACCACAUAUAACUAUGCAGUCCUGCGGUUCCUGGGCAGGAAAGGGCUGCGCUGUUAAAAACUGUGCACUUUCACGUCUCCAUCACCCCAUAGACUGGGCCUGAGGGGGGCAGUUACACAUCACACCACUGAACUCCAUCCAUCCCCUGUGAGACACACCUGCAACCUGGGUCCCCUACCUACUGCUGGCUGCUUCCCUGGAGGGCUCCAAUUACUGACACAUGGUUCAUCUGACCAUCUGGUUUAUCACCUCAGCCUAGCCUCAGAGCCAUACUUUAUGUAUUUCUGAGCACCUCCAAGACGUAUGAUACCUACUAAUGGUCUAGUUACUUUAGACAGAAACGAAAGUAGGGAGGUUGGUCAAAGAGGGGUGGGCGCAAUCCAUGACUGUAUGAUAUUGUACAACCGCUAUUCCAUUCAUAAUGUAACCUAAUAUGUCAUACUAAAUGGGUCGUUAUAACUUUAAGCCCCUUCCCCUGCUCACCAGUCUUAUACCCUUGGUUGUCAGUCCAGGAGGAUGCCUCUCUGAUGUCUGUUGCUAAUUUUCACAUUGGAUGUAGCGUCUCUGGUUUUGGUUCACAAAUUUUUUUUUAAAGCUUUUAUAAAGUGUCACUGAUGCCAUUGUCAGAUUGUGGGCUCUAUUUAGCUCUCUAAAUCUGAGUGACUUGGAGAGAUGGCUGCUCUCCAUGCUAAUCAGAACUAAAAAACCGACCCCAGUCGCCUUGCUUACUGAUAUGUAUAUAGAUUGUGAACAUGAUCUAGCUCCUGUUGCUUUAGAUUGUGUUAGUAAAUGAGCUGUCCAUUACUGUAACUAGAGCAAACAGCAGAAUGUGCCAAAGUUCUCUACAACGCUCAAGUGAAAUGUGGGAGUGUAAUGUGGGAGUCGCUCUUGUCUAAGUGUGUCAAAGCACUUAUGGCAGCUUUUUUGCACUCACUCUUGAUGUAGUACCUAUUGUUUGUCCUUUUGACUGAUUACUGUGUGUGUGGUGCAAGGAAAGCCAAUUCUAUGGAUGUGCUAUAAGGUAUAAGCUAAAUAAGAUGUUCAGUUUUCAUUCUCCAUAUGUAUUAAUGCUCUCUGCUUUUAAACUGUAGUGUUUGAUUUCCAGGGGAUUUCUGGCUGGUGAGUGGCCUGCUAUGCUAUUUACUGGAUUGGGUGUGUACAUAAUGCUGUGUUGAAUUGAUUAGCCAUUAAAAUGUAUCAAAGCCUUUGAA